CCAUCCCCAUCACCUUUGCCAAAUCCAACGCAUAGCAAAGCCGAGCCUUCCUCCCCUCUUUAAAACCCUCACAAACUCUUCACCCUCUCCUCCAUUCCUCUCUCUGUUCUCUCUCCGAGGUGGCGUAACACCAACACCGAACGAAACAGAGUACUCUGUUUCUCCUCUCUCGAAUGGCGUCCUCUCUCCGUCUCUUCGUUCUACUCCUCUUCAUCGCCCACCACUUUUCCACCUCGUUCUCCGCCCCCAUCUUCCUCCCUCUCACCCACUCUCUCUCCACCUCCCGAUUUAACACCACCCACCACCUCCUCAAGUCCGCCUCCGCCCGCUCUGCCGCCCGCUCCCUCCACCACCGCCUCGGCCGCCACCUCUCCCACCGCAGCAGCGGCCGCCGCCAGGUCUCCCUCCCUCUGUCCCCGGGCAGCGACUACACCCUCAGCUUCACCCUCGACUCCCACCCUCCCCAGUCCAUCUCCCUCUUCAUGGACACCGGCAGCGACCUCGUCUGGUUCCCUUGCGCUCCUUUCGACUGCAUCCUCUGCGAAGGCAAGCCCAACCCCAACCGCCGCAACCCCGUCGUGGCCCUUAACCGUUCCUCCACCUCCACCGUCUCUUGCAAGUCCCCUGCAUGCGCGGCGGCCCACUCCUCUCUCUCUUCCUCCGACCUCUGCGCCGCCGCUCGCUGCCCGCUCGAGUCUAUCGAAAUCUCCGACUGCGCCUCCUUCUCUUGCCCACCGUUUUACUACGCCUAUGGCGACGGCAGCUUCAUCGCCACCCUGUACCGCCACUCCGUUUCCAUCCCGACGUCUCCUCCUGCCUUGGUCCUUCGUAAUUUCACCUUCGGGUGUGCCCACUCGGCCCUUGGAGAGCCGGUUGGAGUCGCCGGGUUCGGCCGCGGCUCCCUCUCGUUGCCGGCUCAGCUCGCCCGCUUGUCGCCGCAGCUGGGCAACCGGUUUUCUUAUUGCUUGGUGUCUCACUCUUUCGAGCCGGACCGAGUCCUCCGGCCGAGCCCGCUCAUCCUAGGGCGGAAGGAGAAAGUGAUCGGCAACGAGGAGGCGGAGUUCGUGUACACUGAGAUGCUCGACAACCCGAAGCAUCCGUACUUCUACUGCGUCGGGCUGCAGGGGAUAACCGUGGGCCGGAAGCAUAUCCUGGCGGCGGAGAACUUGAGGACGGUGGACGGCCGCGGGAACGGCGGGAUGGUGGUCGACUCGGGGACGACGUUCACCAUGCUGCCUGCGGGCCUGUACGGCUCCGUGGUCGCCGAGUUCGAGCGGCGGCUCGGCCGAGUCCAUAAGCGGGCGACCGAAGUAGAAGACAAGACGGGCCUGAGCCCGUGCUUCCACUUCGACAACGACACGAUCGCGAGCGUGCCUACUGUUACAUUGCAUUUCGUGGGGCAGGGGUCCAGCGUGGUGCUCCCGAGGAGGAACUAUUUCUACGACUUUACGGACGGCGGCAACGGCGGCAGCAGCGGGAGGCGGUCACGAGUGGGGUGCUUGAUGCUGAUGAGCGGCUGGGACGAGGCCGAGGCGGACGGCGGGCCCGUGGCGACCCUGGGGAAUUAUCAGCAGCAGGGUUUCGAGGUGGUUUAUGACCUGGAGAAGCGGAGGGUGGGGUUCGCCCGACGGCGCUGCUCGACCCUGUGGGACAGCCUCAACCAACACUAGGCGCACGGCUGCAUCGACGUUCGGUCCACGGUCGCCGGUCAGGGUCAUUCGAUCCCGGAUGAAUAAGAAGUCAACUCGUUUCACGCGUUCCGAACCGGGGAGGGGGGAAUGCGAAGCCAUUGUAAAGUAUUUUUGAAAGUGUACAGCUUCCUUAUGGUACAGCAGUCCUUAAUCAAAUGAGUGAAUGUUCGGAGAAAAGUAUUGCUGACAUCAUUCGUAUUGAUAGCGAUCAGAGAAGUGCAAUAAAAUCGAUCAGACCGUAACGUA